AGUCAUAGCAAUGUCGCCGCGCGCGCUCCUCGCGGCCGUGUGCGCGCUCGCCGGCGCCGCUCUCGCCGGCCAGCCCUACCAGAUCACCGAGCAGCAAUACUACGAGAUGCCGCCGUUGUUCCACCUGGACGAGUACGAGCGCUGCCUCGCCACCCGCGGCGUCUACUGCCUCGGGAGCUUCGAGCUCGUCCCGCACCGUCCGCACCGACUCUACAGGAUCAUGCAGGAGUACUCGUCGAACUGGGUGGACAACUUCAACCACACGCGCGUGCACCGCGGGCUGUGCGUAUCGCGCCGCUGCGGACACUACGCGCCGCGGCAGCUGGCCCGCCUGCCCGCGCACGACCAGCACCAGGUGUAUGCUGACUGGUUUGAAACGUGCGUGAACGAGACGACGAUAUCCGCGUACGAGCUGCCCUCUCGACUCUACAAGCUGGAUUACUGCCACACGGGCGAGGACCUGCACGGAAGCGAGGAUCUCUCCGCUAACGAGCGAGCAUUCGCAUGGUUCGCGGCUGCCAUGAUCACUCUCAGUGCACUCUCCACCAUCCUUGAUGUCACCCUCACAGAACAUACUAAGAAAGGCGCUCGGUGGACGGUGGCGUGGUCGCUGCGCGGGUGCUGGCGCGCGCUGACGGCGCCACCGCCUGCCGCCGUCGACACCGACCUGCGCUGUUUCGACGGCGCACGCGUCGUCUGCAUGAUGUGCAUCAUCAUCGAGCACGUCUGCUGGAUCACCGUGCACGCCUACCUCGCGGACACCAGGCGCUUCGAACAGACGAGACGCGCGCUGGACGCCAUACUACUCGCGAACAGCACGCUGGUAGUGCAGAUCUUCUUCCUCAUGUCCUCGUUUUUGCUGGCGCACAAACUGUUACAGCAGCGGCGGCAGGGCAAUAGUCCGCCUGCGCUCUCCACCUUCUUUGACACCAUGGUCAACAGGGUCAUCAGAAUCAGCCCGAGUUACUUCGUAGUGGUGUGGUUCGCGACGAGCUGGUGGGCGCGUGCGGGAGCCGGGCCCAUGUGGUCGCCCCUGGUGGGCUCCGAGGCGGCCGUAUGCCAAGCCAAGUGGUGGACGCAUCUCCUGUAUCUCAACAACGUGCUUUACGCGGACCAGAAGUGCCUCAUACAGACAUGGUACCUAGCAGCAGACAUGCAGUUGUACGCGGGUGCUCUCCUACUGACGCUGUUCCUGUGGCGCUGGCGGCGCGGCGCCAUCGUGGUACUGAGCACACUGCUGCUCGCCUCCAUCGGCGCUCUGUUCGCGCUUGCCUACGCCAACCGACUCAUGCCCAACUACGUUAUGCAUAGGCCAGAGGCGGUGCGCACGACAUACAGCAACGAGCGUUCGUUCGACCUGCUGUACCAGUCGCCGCUGGGCAACGUGCCGGGCGCGCUAGCCGGCCUGCUGCUCGCGCACGUGCACCACGCGCUGCUCGACUCCAGGACGCAACUCGCCGACUACAAGGUGUUCCGCUGGGUCUCGGUGUGGUCGGUGCCGCUGGCAGUGUGGUGGGUGCCGCUGUCGCCGCUGCUGCUGGGCGCGGGGGAGCCGGCGCGCGGCCCGGCCGCCGCGCUCGCCGCACUCGAGAGGCCAGUCUUCGCGGCCUUCAUAUCGAUCGGUCUGCUUGGAGCCAUGCACGGCGUGCAAUCUCCAUUUAGCGAGGUGUUGUCGUGGCGCGGAUGGUCGGUGCCGGCGCGGCUGUCGUUCGGCGCGCUGUUGCUGCACAUGCCGCUCAACAAGGCGCUCGUCGGCGCGCGGCUCACGCUCACACAGCUAGAUAGACAGACCGCGAUAGUGGAGUGGUUCGGCAUCGCAGCGGUGUCGUACCUGCUGGCGCUGCCGCUGGCGCUGCUGGUGGAGAUGCCGGCGCAGCGCCUGUACCGCGCGCUGCGGCCGCCGCCCCGCGCGCCGCGCCCGCUCGCCGCCGCCGCCGACAAGGACCAGCUCUCUACCUGACGCCGCGCGACACUCACCUGGCGAUGCAGGCGUACGGACAACUAGCGGCGAAAGAGACUUCUAUAGAUAUUUUUGAGGGUGUCUAACGGAUCGAGUAAACAGAAAAUAUUCAUGUUCCCUCACUGUUUGGUUAGACAGUCGGCAUCUAUGUUAAUUUAGCAACAGUACUUGUAAUCCGAAUUAUCAGUAUAUGUGCCGUAACCCCA